AUGGUCAUUGGAAGCUUCAUUGGACUCUCGCAGCUUGCUUACUUUACUGUCGCUUAUGAGCCUCCAUCUCCGAUAACAAUCAUCCCUCCUCGUACUUAUGUAGACCUUGGUGGAAGUGGAGAAACAGCAACCAUCAUCUACAGAGACUUGUACAUUCAUACCUUCGAAGAUAACCAGCACAAAAGAUUUGAGAAACUAGCUCUUCAGGACUCUUUUGCCGAGAUUAGAGAAAUUGAAGAACAUAAAGAAGCAACUGAGUUGGAAAAGUACGUCCCCAAAAGAGUCGAUCAUCUAGAAUACGAACGCCUGAGUGACACUUCGAAUUUACGACCUUGGGACCGUGGAAUUCCUACACAUUUAAUACAGCCUAAAGAUCUGUAUAAAAACUCUUCCUGUAAAUGUGGCAGGCUCAAUUACAAAGAUGUCUCUGGAGACAUCACCGAACAUCUGAACGACCACGAAAACUGGAAGAGAGACCAUUAUUACGAAGUUGCGAAACCAGCGCCCAUUUUAACCCCUGCCUUUCUGCCGGUUGAAUUUGUCUCCAGUGGAUACAAAGUUGAGCCGCUAGAAUCCGUCGACCUCCAGAUUAGAAUCAUUUCCAAAAAUGAACAUACAGUUACGCCAGUUUUUACGUCUUUCUACGGAGAUAUCCAGAACUCAAAAUGUUCCAAAAAUGAGAAAAAAUACAUUUGCAAAGAAAUGACAGUCGAAGAAUUCAAUUUAUCCAAAUUCAAAUAUGUUCCAAACACCUACGACUCAAGAAAGCUGGAAGAUCUUGUCACGAUGAAAACCUCUGGAAACAUAGAAGUAGAAAUAUCGUUUCCGGUUACGAUUGAAAGAGCGAAAAUGCCAGUCCUUGUUCAUCGGACUUCAAAUGUCAUUACAGAUAGAGUGACUGUGAUAACGAAGACGUUUCUUAGAUAUCCCUGCGUAGAGCGGCUCAUCAAAUCUCUCGAAGAAUUUUAUCCGGGAAUAACCCUUAUAAUCGCUGACGACAAUCCCGAUGACUACUUCAAGAAACUGACAAGCGAAAGUAUCACGGUCAAGCAAUUUAAGAUGCCAGAAGCAGAAGGUUGGUUUACUGGGCGCAAUUUAGCAGCAAGUCAAGUCAGGACGCAAUUUUAUCUUUGGGUCGAUGAUGACUUCUGGUUCACCGAAGAGACGGACUUACAAUACAUGGUCAAUGUGGCGGAGAAGACAGGAUUCGACAUUAUCGGCGCCGGAAUAAAUGGCCAUAUUCAAUCAAAAUGGGCAAAAUGGGGCCACAUAAGUCUCCUCCCAUCUAAUGACGGUUAUUGCUACAGUAGAACGGAAUACAGCAACUUUGCCCUUCCAGGUUUCGAGGAGGAAUGUGAAGUGACAGAUGUCAUUCUCAACUUCUUUCUUGCCCGAACUAUGACAGCCGGCAAGAUCAGAUUCGACCCUGAAUUUACUAACAAGGGACAUCGAGAAUUUUUCGUCGAUUCGAUCGGUCAUCUUAGAGUUGCUUGGUGUUCGAAGCCGAUGAUAAUGCACAAGAGUGAUUGUGCACCAACAGAAAGAAAGGAAGACUAUGUUUCUGCAAGAACAGCAGCCAAAGAUAAAGAUUUUUGGCUAAUGCUGCAAGAAUUGUGGUAUUACAGAAAUCAUAUUCAAUGUUCAACUGAAGCUCCCUAA